AUGGAUCCUAAAGCUAGGCUCGCUGUAAAUUUAAGCGUCUUACGACGUCACGAUAAGAACAUCGUAGAAAUAAUAGAUAGUUCAAGUCAUGUAGUAGUAUAUAAAUUUGAUACUCAAACGACUUCCUGGACAAAAAAAGGCGUAGAGGGGACUCUUUUCGUUUUUAAAAGAUGUAUACAACCUGUUUAUGGCUUCAUCGUGAUGAAUCGAGUUGGCAUAGAUAAUUUUGUCGCGUCAUUGACCGAUAAUAUGGAUAUUGAAAGUAAAAAUGGUUAUAUUAUAUAUAAAGCGGAUAAAGGUGAGAUUCAUGGUAUCUGGACAUUCGAAGAGAAAGAUCGAGAUCGCAUAGUAAACCAAUUAUUACUCUGUUGUAAGGAAUCAAAAACAGUAAUUCCACCACCACAACUUGCAGAAUCCCCUCAAAUUUCAAAUUCCACAACAAAUUCAACCACACCACCGUCUCAAUCCUAUGGUAGAUCAAUAGAUCUGCUUACAUUAUUCCAACAAGCCGGAACAAAGCAAACUAAUGGAACUCAUACAGAGACCACCAGUAAUGGCAUCAAUCAUGGCACAGCUAAUGGUUCAACAACUUUACGACAACCAACACCGUCAUCAAAUCAUGUGUCUGAAAGAGACAUAUUAAACGAAUUGUUCUUAAAGGCAAAUGUAAACGAAUCACGAAGAGAGGCACCACCUGCAACGUCAAAGAAUUUUCCAUCAACUAAUGGGCAGCAGCUAGAUGGAAAAUCAUUAUUGGAAUUGCUUCGUCCACCUGCUACACACACGUCGUCAACACCACAGUCUAAAUCAACAAAUAACUCAUCAAAUCCAUUGCUCAUAACUCCUCCUCAAAAAUCUCUUUCAUCAUUACCGAUAAACUCAUUAAAUUAUAAUACCAACAACUCGAUAUACACUACAAAAACAUCCUCAAAUUCAUUAAGUGUAGGAGAAGCGCCUAAUUUAUCUCGAACACAAGCUCUUAACGUGUCGAUUGCCUCUCUACCAAAAAUGACAAGGGGACAACAAAACCUCGUAGAUGGUAUCAACAUCUUAAGUAGAAAUGAAUUUGAACAGCGUUACAUCCGGAUGGUUCAGAAUGAUCCAUCUUUUAUGGAUACACUUUAUGAGAAUUAUAAGAUAAAUGUUCAGAAUAUGAAU